AUGGUCAGUUAUGAAGGUAUAGAUUUCCAUACUUUUACGAUACAAGAGACUCUUGAUCUCUUGGAUACUAAUGAUAAAACUGGUUUAGGUAACACAAUAAUCUAUGAAAGGCUAUUGGAACAUGGAGAAAACUCUCUAGGUGACGACACCAAGAUUGACUAUAAAACUAUGAUUAUCCAUCAAAUUUGUAACGCAAUGAUCAUGGUUCUCUUCAUUUCUAUGAUAAUAGCAUUCGCCAUCAAAGAUUGGAUCACAGGUGGUGUUAUCACGUUUGUACUCUGUAUAAAUGUCGUUAUAGGCCUCUUCCAAGAAUAUAAAGCUACAAAGACAAUGAACUCACUGAAACAGCUAAGUUCACAAAACGCACACGUGAUCAGAAAUAACGGUAACAGUGAAAUAAUAAACUCUAAAGAUGUGGUUCCAGGUGAUAUUAUUUUAGUAAAAGUCGGUGAUACCAUUCCUGCUGAUUUACGUUUGAUAAAGACAAGUAAUUUCGAAACUGAUGAAGCUUUAUUGACUGGUGAAUCAUUUCCUGUUACAAAGGAUGCUGCUAGUAUUUUCCCAAAGAGGGAAGACAUCCCCGUGGGCGAUCGACUAAAUUUAGCCUAUUCUUCAUCUACAGUGAUUAAAGGCAGAGCAAGAGGUAUUGUUAUCAGAACAGGCCUUGAGACUGAAAUUGGUAAAAUUGCUAAAUCUUUACAAUCUAAUGUUGGGCUUAUCUCUAAAAAUUCAAACUUUUCAUUUUACAAAAACUUAUACAUCACAUUGAAACAAUCUAUUGGUGCAUUCCUGGGCAUCACUAUAGGUACACCUCUACACAGAAAAUUAUCCUUAUUAGCAGUUAUUCUAUUUGGUAUAGCUGUUAUCUUCGCCAUCGUUGUCUUGGCAUCUCAAGAAUUCAAAGUAGAUCAAGGUGUUGCAGUCUAUGCUAUAUGUGUGGCUCUUUCAAUGAUCCCAUCAAGUUUGGUAGUUGUGCUUACUAUUACAAUGUCUGUAGGUACGGGGGUCAUGGCUUCGAGACAUGUUAUUGUCAGGAAAUUAGAUUCUCUAGAAGCUCUUGGCUCCGUUAAUGAUAUUUGUUCAGAUAAAACUGGUACUUUAACUCAAGGUAAAAUGAUCGCAAAACAAAUUUGGGUACCUACAUUUGGUACACUUCAUGUUGUGGAUUCCAAUGAUCCCAUAAACCCGGAAGUUGGUGACAUCAAUUUUGUAUCCAAACUUUCUCCCUGGGAAUUUACUCACAAUGAUGAUGAAGACGUUGGCAUAUCAAAAAAUUUCAGAAAGAUGUUUAAUCAAAAGCAACUACCAUCAGUCGAACUAUUUAAGAAGUGGCUCAAUACAGCAACUUUAGCUAAUAUUGCCACUGUUUUUCGAGAUUCACAUACCAAUGAAUGGACCGCUCAUGGUGAUCCUACUGAAAUUGCUAUCCAAGUUUUUGCUACAAGAUUAGACUCAACAAAACCGCAGCUGACAGGCGAAAAGAAUAAGGAAAAUAACACUGAAUCCUCUGAAUCUUCUGAAUUUACAACUCCAAUCAAUGAUUUAUUCGAUUCACAAUACCCUUUUACUCAUUAUUCCGAGUUUCCUUUUGAUUCUACAAUAAAAAGAAUGUCUGCAGUUUAUAAAAAUAACGAAAAUAAAAGCUUUGAUGUCUUUUCUAAAGGUGCCUUCGAAAGUAUGUCAAAAUGCUGCAAAUAUUGGUAUACAGAUAAUGCCAAGGUCGAAGAAUUAUCUGAAGCUAACUUAAACUUCAUUAUGAAAAACGUAGAGGCUUUAUCCUCCGAGGGAUUGAGGGUCUUGGCCUUUGCAACAAAAUCAAUCCCAUCUCAAGAUAUAAAUGAGGAUAUUAAACUAAAAAUUUCGAAAGAUCGUAAAUUCGUCGAAACAGAUUUGAUAUUUCAAGGGUUGAUUGGUAUCUACGAUCCACCUAGACCCGAGACUGCUGGUGCCGUUAAAAAAUUUCAUAAUGCCGGUAUCAACGUUCGUAUGCUUACAGGUGAUUUUCCGGGUACAGCAAGAGCAAUUGCUUUGGAAAUCGGGAUUUUACCAAGGAAUUUGUAUCAUUAUUCCGAAGAAGUUAAGAAUAUUAUGGUUAUGACUGGCUCGCAAUUUGAUCAUUUGACUGAUGAAGAAAUCGAUCAGUUGCCAGUGUUGCCACUAGUUAUUGCACGUUGCUCCCCACAAACAAAAGUCAGAAUGAUAGAAGCUUUGCACCGUAGGAACGCUUUCUGUGCAAUGACUGGUGAUGGUGUCAAUGACUCUCCAUCUUUGAAAUUGGCCAAUGUUGGGAUUGCAAUGGGCGUUAACGGAUCAGAUGUAGCUAAGGAUGCUUCGGACAUUGUUUUAAGCGAUGACAACUUUGCAUCAAUCUUUAAUGCUGUGGAAGAAGGUAGAAGAAUGAGUGAUAAUAUUCAGAAGUUUGUUUUACAAUUGCUCGCCGAAAAUGUUGCACAGGCAAUUUAUCUAUUGUGCGGUUUGGCUUUUAAAGGCAAAGAUGGUAAAUCAGUAUUCCCACUAUCUCCUGUUGAAGUUCUUUGGAUUAUUGUGGUUACUUCUUGCUUUCCAGCAAUGGGUUUAGGGCUAGAAAAGGCUGCUCCUGAUUUGAUGGACAGACCUCCAAAUGAUUCAAAAGCCGGUAUUUUUACCUGGGAGGUAAUAAUUGACAUGAUGGUAUAUGGGGUAAUCAUGGCUGUUUGUUGUAUGGCUUCUUUCACCUCAGUAGUUUACGGUGUCUUUGAUGGAUAUUUAGGUCAUAACUGUAAUGACAAAUUCACUGAAUCCUGUAAUGAGGUGUUUAAAGGUCGUUCCGCUGCUUUUGCCACGAUGACUUGGUGUGCGUUGAUUCUUGCCUGGGAAGUUGUCGAUUUGAGAAGGUCUUUCUUCAGAAUGCAACCAGAAAGUGAUGAGCGUGUCAAAGAUUUUUUUAGAGAUGUUUGGAGCAACCAGUUUUUAUUCUGGUCCAUUGUCUUUGGAUUUGUAUCUACAUUCCCAAUUGUUUAUAUCCCAGUGAUUAAUACCGCCGUCUUCUUACAUACACCCAGUGGCGCUGGUUGGGGUUUUGCCUUCGCCUUUACAACAGCCUUUUGGAUUUGUUGUGAGUUAUAUAAAUAUGCCAAGAGACAUUAUUUCAGAAAUGGACUGAGAGCUAUAAACCCUGAAGGUGAUCUAGAAAAGAGGGGUAUCAAGGAUCCUUUCGAAGCUUACAGUACAUCCACGACGUUACAAAGUGAUUUUCUCGUUAGGGAAAAAGCCUAA